AUGGGAGUUGUCACUGUUGGAGAAUUUAAGCCUAGCAUUCCUGGGAAGAGGACGUUUCGUCCAAGUUCAAGCAUAAGGCAUGCCACUGAAUGGCCAAUUUCUGAUGUCUCUAGUGAUCUCACCAUUGAAAUUGGAGCUUCAAGCUUUUCACUUCACAAGUUUCCUCUAGUUUCUCGUAGCGGAAGAAUUCGGAAACUGUUGUUAGAAUCAAGAGAUUCGAAAGUCUCGCGCAUAAGUUUCCCGAGUGUACCGGGUGGUGCAGAGGCAUUUGAGCUAGCUGCAAAAUUCUGUUAUGGAAUUAACAUUGAAUUCACUCUCUCCAAUGUUUCUAUGCUAAGAUGCAUAGCUCAUUUUCUAGAAAUGACAGAAGAGUUCGCCGAGAAAAACUUGUUGACGCGAGCCGAAUCAUAUCUCAAAGAGAUAGUGCUGUCAAACACUGCAAACACAAUAUCUGUUCUUCACCGGUGCGAAACUCUCCUACCUAUUUCAGAAGAGAUUAAUCUGGUUAACAGAUUAGUCAAUUCAAUUGCAAACAAUGUAUGCAAAGAGCAGCUUACGUCCGGUUUACAAAAACUCGACCAUAAUUUCCCUUCCCGAAUUAUUGAACCGGAAACGCCUUCAGAAUGGUGGGGAAAAUCGCUUACUGUUCUUAAUCUUGAUUUCUUCAAACGAGUUUUAUCGACGAUGAAGUCGAAGGGGCUAAAACAAGAGUUUAUCAGCAAAAUUCUAAUAAACUACGCACACAAUUCUCUUCAAGUAGUCAAAGGAGGUUCACUCGACUUAGAAUUUUCGAAGAAACAACGGAUCCUCGUUGAAACAAUAACGAGUUUACUACCAACUCAAUCGAGGAAAAGCCAGGUUCCAAUAGCUUUUCUCGCAAGUUUGUUGAAAUCUGCAAUAGCAGCAUCAGCUUCUACUUCAUGUAGAUCCGAUUUAGAGAGGAGAAUCGGUUUACAACUUGAUCAAGCAAUUCUCGAAGACAUUCUGAUUCCAACAAGUUCAUACCAAAAUAAUAAGCAUAGCAGUACUAUUUACGACACAGAUUUAAUCGUGAGAAUUUUUUCGAUUUUUCUUAACUUGGACGAGGAGGACGAGGACAAUAGCCAGUUGAGAGACGAAAGUGAAAUGGUUUAUGAAUUUGAUAGCCCGGGAUCUCCAAAACAAAGCUCAAUUCUUAAGGUAUCAAAAUUGUUAGAUAACUAUCUCGCUGAAGUUGCAUUAGACCCAAACUUGUUUCCAUCAAAGUUCAUCUCACUCGCUGAAUUACUUCCCGAUCACGCGCGUAUCAUAAGCGAUGGACUCUAUAGAUCCGUUGAUAUCUUCCUUAAAGUUCAUCCAAACAUAAAGGAAUCGGAGCGAUACCGAUUAUGCAAAACCAUAGACUGUCAGAAACUUUCCCAAGAAGCAUGCAGCCAUGCAGCACAGAACGAGAGACUCCCGGUACAAAUGGCAGUACAAGUUCUCUACUUCGAACAAAUCCGCCUUCGUAACGCGAUGAGCGGAGGACACAAUCAACUACUCUUCGGCGGACUAAACGGUCAAUUCCCUCAACGUUCGGGCAGUGGUGCAGGAAGUGGAGGAAUUUCGCCUAGAGAUAACUAUGCAUCGGUUAGAAGAGAGAACAGAGAGUUGAAACUUGAAGUAACAAGAAUGAGAAUGAGAUUAACUGAUUUGGAGAAAGAUCAUGUUUCUAUGAAACAAGAGCUUGUUAAGUCGAAUCCGGGUAAUAAGCUUUUUAAAUCGUUUACGAAAAAAUUAAGUAAGCUUAAUGCAUUGUUUAGGAUUAGUGGUAGUAUUAAGGGUAAUAGUGGUGGUUCAGAGAGAAGGUUUCCUUUUCCAAAGAGAAGGCGACACUCAGUUUCUUGA